GGCGGGGCGCGCUGGAUACAAAUACACCGCCGGUGUGACGUCGAAGUGGUGCUGUCACUUAUUUGAAACCAAAGGGCAUUAGCUAACAUGGAUCUCACUAAAUUCGACGAAGAUAACUCUAAAAGCUGUCGUGUGGUAUCUGCAAUACCUGAAGUGUGCAAAACUACAGAUUGCUGUCUGGGAAUUGAUGAAGCAGGCCGAGGACCUGUGCUUGGGCCUAUGGUUUAUGGCAUAUGCUUUUGUCCCAUAUCUAUGAAAAAGGAUUUGGAAAAUUUGAAGGUUGCAGAUUCAAAGACCCUGUCUGAAGAUGAGAGGGAGAAACUCUUUGCAAAGCUGAGUGAGGCAAACAGUUAUAUAGGAUGGGCCAUACAGAUCUUGUCUCCCAACAGCAUUUCGACAAGCAUGUUGCAGAGAGCAAAGUAUAACUUGAAUGCCAUUUCUCACGAUACUGCUAUUGGACUGGUUCAGUAUGCAUUGGAUUGUGGAGUGCAACUUAAAGAAGUAUUUGUGGAUACAGUGGGACCUGCAGAAAAAUAUCAAGAAAAGCUCUCAAAAAUAUUUCCUGGUGUGGAUGUCACUGUAAAAGCCAAGGCUGAUGCUCUUUUUCCAGUUGUUAGUGCAGCUAGUAUUUGUGCCAAGGUUGCUCGAGAUCGUGUGGUGAAAUCCUGGACGUUUAUAGAAGAUUUAGAUGUGGACGCGGAAUAUGGCUCUGGUUACCCAAAUGAUCCCAAAACUAAAGAGUGGUUGGCUAAAUACAUGGAUCCAGUGUUUGGGUAUCCUCAGUUUGUUCGUUUCAGCUGGAGCACUGCACAGUCAAUUCUGGAUAGCAAAGCAGUGCCAGUGCACUGGGAUGAUGAUGAAGAGAACGGAGAGAAAGCUGCAGCCAAACAAAACUGCCAUUCAAUGUUGUCCUAUUUUGCAAGGAAGAAAUCUGGUGACACAAAGAGGGAGCCGCACCGCUACUUCACUGAGAGGAAGCUGGAGACUGUAUCCAGUUUAUAACGGGAGCUGAUGCAGAGGUGACAUACUUAUGCAACAGCUGGCUAUGUUAGCCAUAUCCAAGUUCCAACUUUGAUCAUUGACCAUGGGCUUGAUCAAUGAGGAGACCUUGUUCUGCUGAUGUUGGAGUUUUCAUUUCUUGUAUCUUUUAAAAAUGUUUUUAAAGGAUAUCUUUUUCAUCAUCAGAUCUGAUCUUGACCCUUUAAUGCUAGUUACAUAUAUAUAUCGGAAAACACAUUAGCUGCACAUGAAGUAAUUCUUCCCAAGUUUGUUAAUAAAAUGCUUAUUUUUAAGCAUUAUCAAAAAAACAUCAGAACAUUUUGACAUUGGCCUGUUUAAACCAAUUUUCUAUUAAAUAACAAUAACUAUUUCCAUUUUUUAUGCCUAGCCUUCUUUCAGAAUGUUUGUGUUGUUCUGCGUAUUUUCUUAUUUUUUGUAUACUGAACUUUUUAGCAUCUGAAUUCUAGUGAGGCCUUUGAGGAUCUGGAGCAGCUUAUGAAGCUUGGAGGUGACUGCUUAAUUGAUCUAAAGUGUCUGUAAUGUACAAGUGUAGGUUCUUUUGUGAAACUUUACAUUUGCUAAUUUUAAUUUUUUUUAAAUUAAUAUGUGAUGCUUAAUAAAAAAAUGCAAUGAAACAGAA